UGAAAAGUUUUGUGAUUUAGUUCAGUUUAUUUUAGUUUGGUCGUUUAUUUUUGUAUUUUGAUACAUUUUUGGGAACCCUGUUUCCAUCCCGCACAGUAGGUGGCGGAAUGCACAUUACAUUGUGCGAUCGCCAAUAUACCAUAGAAGAAGAUAUUCGUCAUAUCCUCCUAUCUUUCGUUGCCGCAUGUUUCCUCUGAUAUUUGUGGAUCAGGUAGAAACAUGAACCAAGAAAAAUUAGCAAAACUUCAAGCGCAGGUCCGGAUAGGAGGAAAGGGCUCUGCACGUAGGAAGAAGAAGGUCGUACACAGGACGGCAACAGCCGACGACAAAAAACUUCAGAGUUCGUUAAAGAAAUUAGCUGUCAACAACAUUGCUGGUAUUGAGGAGGUAAACAUGAUCAAGGAUGAUGGCUCAGUGAUCCACUUCAACAACCCCAAAGUGCAGGCAUCUCUGUCGGCCAACACUUUCGCUAUCACCGGCCAUGCCGAGACCAAGCAGCUCACGGAGAUGCUGCCGGGCAUCCUCAGCCAACUGGGCGCCGACAGCCUCACCAGCCUGCGCAAACUAGCAGAGCAGUUCCCUCGACAAGUGCUUGACAGCAAAACCCCUAAAGCAGAAGAUAUUGAAGAAGAAGACGACGAUGUCCCAGACCUGGUGGAGAAUUUUGACGAAGCAUCAAAGAAUGAGGCAAACUGAUUGAGCUUCCCCUUGAGACCCCAUACAAGGAUUGGAACUGCAAUUAAGAAACUAAGGCGACUUCUCUGAUGUUUUAACUUCUAGCUACGAAGACCUAUCAUUUCAAACACUAUCCCGUCAACCAGAGACUUGUGUAUUUUGAAAUGUCCCAAGGAUGCAGUCCUUAUCAGACUUGCUUGCUCACUUAAACUCCCAACACAUUGGUCAACGGUUCAGUACUUUCCACCACAUUUUUAGUCUCGAACAGGAUUGCGGUGGUCAUUUUAAUUAAAGCUAGUCUUAAUAAUCAUUUUGUUUUUACGAAACAAAAUAAAGGUGAUUAACAUUU